CUAGUAGUUUUAUCUCUUGUAGUAAAUAUCGCUACGCAUAGUUGGGUAGAGCGACUAUAUGUAACAAAUAAGGGCGAUCUAAUCGAGCCGUCGGGCUACCCCCGCGGAAAUGUUUUACGCACAUCAUCUUUUAGAGAUGAGGAUAUGACUUAUCGACUCCCUCCUGCAGGGCGCAGCGAAAUCUGGCAAAGUGAUCUCGCAUGCAAAGUUAGCCAGAUGACGUACAACCAGACAGCCGGAAGUCCAAGUCUUCAUGCACAUCCAAAUGAUACCGUGAUACUCCUCUACCAGGAAAAUGGGCAUGUCACUAAGAUAGCAGAUGAUCCCGGUCAUACGAGUUCUGGGAUAAUCGCGGUAUUUGGUACGUUGCACUCAUUGCCUACUGACACUUUGCAGUACCUCGCGCUAUCUAAAGACGAUGGAGGGCAAUACGAGCUGCUCAAAGUGGCUAGUUAUGAUGAUGGAAUAUGUUAUCAGGAUAAUAAAACGCCUAUAGCUCUGGCGCGGCAGUCUUUACACCAUCGACCUUCGCUUCCUGAGGAAGGGACGGAUGUCUGGUGUGGCAUAACCAUUCCAUUACCAGAAUAUAUUCAAAAGGGCCAGAUUUACACGUUAGUUUGGGUCUGGGACUUCCAGGGAAUUGGAUUUUAUGAAGUGUACACAACGUGCAUCGAUAUU